CAACAAUACAGCGUCCACAUCCCAUCGAUGGACUUGGACGCCCUGUGGAUAUAUAGCGAGCAUCUGGGAUGCUGGAGUGACGCCAUCGUCAUUGAUCACGGAUGAGAGCGCAGUUGUAACGCAUUACUGACAGUUCCGUUACAGCCAAAAACUUCGGCAUGAACGAGCGCUACGUUCAACCCCAGAUGGGAGCAACCUUCUAUCCCGGAGGGAUUGAUGAUUUCUAUAUGCCCGAAGUCGUUUCGCCCGCUCCGCAACGGAUAAUGCCCGAGGUGCCAGAAAAUAUUCAGGGCAACCUCGCCCAUUUGGAGUUGGGAGCAGAUAAUUCGAGAAACUUUACCAGCGCGGCAUCACCUCAACCUCCCCCACACGGUUUCGCGCAACCGCCUCAAACACACACUGCCGGCCGUGGAUUGCACAAGGCUCCGUCGUGGCAAGUGCGAGGGAACGAGAGCUCCCAGAUCCCCCACAGGGUUUCAAAGGAAAAUCUUAUCAGUUUACGCAGUCAGCAACAAUCGAGACCAUACGAUCCUAUCGACCUCCCAAGCUUUUCUCCUUUCCCAAAGCUACACAAUCCUCCGCCCAACGUGCCUCCUACCGACGACGAGAAAGAGGCUAUUCUCGAACGGGCUCGGGUGGCCGUUCUGGGCUCUCAAGAUCCAGAAGUGCAGCUGGCAUGGGCACAGGAUGCGCUUACAUACGUCGAGAUAGCGGCGGAGAAUGAAUCGCGCCUGGCCAAGUACCAGCCUCCCAGGCCCGGGACACCUGAGGUUGAGCACCAACUACGUGUGGAUGCGAUAAACAUCGUGCAGUUCUUAGCAGACCAAGGACAUCCGCAUGCUACAUUCUUGCGAGGAAUGUGGCUUGAAUUUGGCAAGUUCGGUUUCCGAAUGGAUAAGAAGGAAGCUUUCCGUUGUUACUGUCGAGCCUCAGACGGAGGUUAUGCCAGGGCAGAAUAUCGUAUUGGCAUGCAAUACGAAAGUUCAAAUGACGCGGCCAAAGCGGUACGCCAUUACAAAAGAGGGCUCGAUGCAGGAGACUCAGCCGCCACCUAUCGUUUGGGAAUGAUGAAUCUCUUCGGCCAGUAUGGUGAGCCACGAGACUACGUGCUUGGUGUGGAGCGGAUCAGAUUUGCCGCGGAACACGCAGAUGAAAACGCACCACAAGGUGCAUAUGUCUACGGCAUGCUUCAGUCCCACUCUUUGCCCCAAGUUGUACUUUCCGAGACUACAAUGCCACUCGACAUCAACAAUGCAAGGAUUUAUAUCGAAAAAGCAGCUUACCUCGGGUUCUCCAAGGCACAAAUGAAAAUGGGCUCUGCUUACGAGCUCUGCCAACUGGGUUGCGACUUUGACCCUGCCUUAUCCUUACACUACAAUGCUUUAGCGGCUCGGCAGGGAGAAGCUGAAGCUGAAAUGGCCAUCAGCAAAUGGUUCCUCUGUGGCUUUGAGGGGAUAUUCCAGAAAAACGAGGAACUCGCUUUCCGUUAUGCGCAGCGCGCUGCUGGCGCGGGAUUGGCAACCGCCGAAUUCGCCAUGGGAUAUUUUUAUGAGGUUGGUGUUCACGUACCAGUUGAUUUAGGAGAAGCCCGUGCCUGGUACGCCAAAGCGGCCGAUCAUGGAAACAAGGACGCGACGGCCAGGUUAGAGGGUAUUUCCAGGUCUAAGACUCUGUCAAAGAAAUAUCACGAAAGUGUUGCACUGGCGCGGAUCAAGUCUCAAUAUGGGACUCAAAAGCGGAGGGAGAGUGAACAUAUUCAAGCUUCCGCCACCCCUCCCGUACCGUUAAUGUCCGAACCAGCCGUCGAAAUGCCUGAUCCAGCAAAAAUGUCGCCGAUCUCGCCAUCCGCUCCCGCGGCUUCCUUCACUUACGGAAUCAAACCACCAAUUCGGCCAGCCACUGCAGCUCCUUACCCACUUGAAGAUGGUCCACCUGCACCCGGAGUUCGGCCUGCAAUUGGAGUUCACGGCAUGUCGAGCCCCGCGAUACGGCCUACGUCCGCUUUUGGCAUCAAUCCUAAUCUCCGGCCUACCUCUGCGGCUACCGUUACUGGGGUACCUCCCCCAGCACCCUAUAUCGGAGGGCAAAGCCCUCGUGUCAACCCUCAGCGCCCCUUUCCAGUAAUGGACGGUUCGGGCAUGGGUCCGACCAUGGGCAGAGGCCGUGGAGCUUACCCGCCAAGGUUGGGUUCUGCCGGUCCAGGAACCCAGCCAUACCGCGGCUCUGCCGGUGUCGAUCCCAGAGGUCGCCCCGGUAAUAAUACGAGACCGCCAAUUGCCAGUGGCGCAUCGGCGCCGCCAACAGUAGACAUUGGCUAUUCCGCUCCGUUGGAUCCACCCCCGACCGAGCAGCGAAAUAGACGUCGCCUCCAAGAUCAUAGCGAAUCCCCACCUCUUUCACCUCAUCCACAAGCCCAACGCCCACCCACAGACGACCGACGGACCCCGACCCGAAUUGACUCUCCAGGACGACCAAUACCGCCAAUCUCCCAAGCGGCAGGCAAAACUCCUAGUCCCAAACCAGGCUCGGCCGCAUUGCCUGCGCCGGCGAAGGCUUCAGAGAAGCCUGCAGCUUCAGCGUUGGCCAAGCCUCCAGGAAAGGGUCCCAAAACAUUUGACGAAAUGGGUGUGCCUGCCGUCAAAGACUCUGGCGAAUGUACAAUCAUGUAGGAUAAAUCUGGAAUGGUUUACUUCCUAAAUCUAAAGGUUUGCGCGUUUGUAAGCUCUGCGAUUUCGGAGUUGAUAUCCAAGGCGUCAUCUGGUGCGGAGUUUGAUUUUUCAUGUCUGCAUUACUACAUCAUUAAGUACCUUGCGGUGGGCAUUUAAUAUAUUCCAUUUGUAUAUUCGCAGAUAUCCCAUGACUUGCAACAAUACAUUAAACUCAUUAGCCAUCAAUGUAAAGAUAUCUAAUGAUGACGUUAGCUAUCAUCUUAUGGGGGGU